UCGUCCAUUCCUUCCCUCGCGGAACAUUCUGGUUCCCACAGGUAUUCUGGAAGCAAACGAUCCUCACUGAGGUCACAAAAUUUUAACCAGUCCCCAUACUCUUCUCCUGUGUUGAAUUCUCCACCAAAUACCUCAAACAUAACUCUCGUCUUGGAAUCCUCAAAUGAUGCAUUUCAAACCAAGAAGAUAGAUCUUACCGAAGGUGUAUCAGUUAAAAUAGGAAGAACGACCAAUAAAAAUACUGCGCCGACAGAAACAAAUGGAUAUUUCGAUAGUAAAGUUCUUUCUAGAACUCAUGCCGAAGUUUGGACUGAAAACGGAAAAGUUUAUAUCAAAGAUUUGAGAUCUAGCAACGGUACUUUUGUCAAUGGCAGGCGUAUAAGUGCGGAAAGUAAGGAAAGUGAAGCAGUGGAACUAAAUAACUAUGAUAUACUGGAGUUUGGAAUUGAUAUCAAUAAUGAAGAUCGUAAGUUAAUGUUCAGUAAGGUGACCGCAAGGGUGCAUAUAUCUUCGUCAAACUUUGAUACUUCAAAUGGACAUAGCUUUAAAGGUGAGUCCAUCCACAAACGAAUAUUUGAUCCCGAAAGUUCCAUAUACGCUACCUUGGAGUCUGAGUUGCAUUGGGCUCGCGAUGAAAGCCGUCGCUUGGUAGAACUAAAUAAUAUUAUUGGUGAUAUGAGCAAAUAUGUUGAAAACAAAAGUAACAAACUAUAUUCAGACGAAAAUUUGGCACUUUUCCGAAAGAUUGAAGAAACUCAGGCUAAAAUUAAUGAACAUUUGGAAAAAUGCGAAAUUGAAAAGAAUGCGAGACAGCAAAAGCAUCAGUCAAAUGUGAAGAAUGUACAGGAAAAUUCAAAGCUAACAAUGUCAAAUGACACUGAGGAAGCUUUUGGUGUGGAUCAUCAGAUUAAAGAAUUAUCAAGCAAAUUAGCUCAUACAGAAGAACAAUUGACCGAGGAACACAUGGCUCGCUCCAACAAUGAGGAGGGAUUACGUCGUCAAGUAACAGAAAUGGCUUCACAGCUAGAAUUUACACGCGGCGAAUUAGAAAAUAUGAAACAUGUGCAUGAAACAAAAAUUCAAGAACUAAACCAGCAAACCUACAAUAUGAUCAAUCAAUUGAAUAAUGCUCACGAAGAACUUGGAAAAAUUCGUGCUUUAUAUGGGGCCGAUGCUGAAAAUUUCAAACAUACACAAGAAAAUUAUGAAAAAGCACGAUCCAUUUCUGUAAAUCCUUUGGAUUCGAAUCAGAACUUCAAUUUCGGAGAAAUUCAACACGCAAAUAUUUUUGCUGAGCUCUUGGAGUUAAAAACAAAAUAUGAGAAGAUGUUUACCGACCAAGAAUCUCUUGUUAACAGAAUCAAUACAGAGCAUGCAUCCCUGAUUGCAAACAAAGAUAAUCAAAUUGGUGUUCUUCAGGAAGAAAGAUUAGAUUUUGCGAAUCAGUUUGCGCAAUUUAGAAAGGAAACACUAAAUGCUUUGGACACGGUGAAAAAGCAACUAAGUGCAGCCCAAGAAACAAUAUCAUUGAUAACAAAUGAAAAUGAGUGUCUCAAUAGUAGACUCGAAAAAGCUUUGACAGAAAAUGAAAGGAUAAAGAUAGAAAAUAUUGAGAUAAAAACGGAAUUUGAACUGUGGAGAAAGGAAAAACAAGAAGAGAUCGAAACUUACGAGAAUUUGGAUAACGUUGAUGGUCCUUCCGUAAAAGGUUCUAAUAAUAUCCGAUUCAGACCACUUAAUCAACAUAAGAAGCAAGAGUCAACUGUCAAAGAUUCAGAAUGGACUGAUAAUGAGUGGGGCGUUGAAAAUAAUAUAAAAGAUAUUACCAUAGCUUCAAAUGAAAAGGCAGAUGAAAAAGAAUAUAAAAAGUUUAUUGGAACGAUUGGUGUUGUGUUAGUAGGAUUUGGAGGUUACUUAAUAGCAAAAUUUUGUAAUUAA